AUGUCCGACGUCAAGGCGUUUACUUUCCAGGAUGUUGCCGAGCACAACACCAAGAAGGAUUGCUACCUCGUAGUCCACGACAAGGUCUACGACUGCUCCCGGUUCAUUGACGAGCACCCUGGUGGUGAGGAAGUUAUUCUCGAUGUUGCUGGCCAGGAUGCCUCUGAGGCUUUCGAGGAUGUCGGCCACUCUGAUGAGGCCCGCGAGAGCCUGGACGAGCUCCUCGUCGGAACCCUGAAGCGCGCGCCCGGCGACCCUGCCCCCAAGGCCACCCCCGCCGCCAAGACGGCCAACUCUGGCAACGCCGACAGCACCGGCCUCGGCAUUGGCCUCUAUGGCAUUGUCCUCAUCGGUGGCAUCCUCGGCUACAUUGGCUACCAGUACCUUCAGAGCCAACAAGAACAGCAAUCUGCCUAA